GCCAGUUUGAAUGGUGGCCAAGGGGAUGUUGUCUCUAUGGAUCCACCUUCAUCUAACAAACAAAUCUCUGAAAAAGCCACAGAACAUGAGACCAUCAGUUUAACUCAUGGUUUGCAUAAUCUUGAGUCUGUAAGUCCACCUUCAUCUGAAGAACGAAUAACCGUGCCAGCUAAAGAGGAUGAAUCAAGAGUGCUUAAGACUGUCAGUUCGAAUGAUGGGCUAGCGAAUCUUAUCUCUAUGGAUCCAUCUUCAUCAUCAGAACGAAUCCCUGAAAAAGCCUCAGAACAUGAGACUGUCAGUUUAAGUCAAAUCCAUGCAGUGACAGAAACCAUGCUAGACAAAGAGGUUGAAUCAGGAGUGCUUGAGACUGUAAGUUCAAGUGAUGGCCUAGGGAAUCUUGUCUCUGUGGACCCACCUUCAUCUAAAGAACAAAACCCUGAAAAGGCCACAGAAAAAGAGAGCAGUGAAUUGCAUGUAAUGGAAUCUAAUAGUGCAACUGGGAUCAACCAGCAGAAGGGAGUUGAUACUGCAGCCAUUAGCAACUCUUCUGGGGAAAAUCCCCUGGUAAACUCACUCCCGCUGCAGCCUGUGACAGCUUUGGUGCAUGGUGGUUCAGUGACAUUCGAUCAGGCACACCAACAAAAAGGUAAGCUUUUAGCCACAUUGACUGCAGUGCAAUGUGGAGAUCCACAGGCCAGCGAACUGCAGGAUACCAGCCAACCAGUCGAAAAUCCAGUAUCCACAUCAGUUGCUAUGGUAUCAUACAAUCAUUCUGAUCAUGAUGUGCCGGACAAUGAGCCUGUUGUACAAGUGCCAGUGCUGCCAUCUUCUAAUACACUUGACCAUAGUUCUCCUGAGUUAUUUUCAGUUGCUGGUAUUAACAUUCAGCCAAUUAGUGAAGAUCAUACCUUUAACCAAGUUGCUCAGGCUCCAAUGCGAAUUGCUGGGAACCUUCCUGAUCUUUCAGAUCAAACUAUUUUGCAGCCUAUGACAUGUUUUUCCUUACAGCAGCCUGUUGAUAUACAUACUAGUGGAUUUGGAAUGCUUUUUCACGACACAAGGGCUACAUCUGUUACUUCUUCAUAUAAUACUCAUCCCAUACCUUCUGCACCCCGUGGGGCAUCUCAGAUGCCUCUGCCUUUGUCCCCUGACCCUCUUCAGAAUGAACUGGAAAAGUUGGAUAAAGAAGCAGACCAAAUCCACAAGUCUCAUGAAGAUAUGAAGCUGCGUCUGAAAUCUGAUUGUGAUAAGGAGAUAGAGGAGGCCAUUGCUGACAUUCGUCGCAAGUAUGAGAUUAGAUUUCAGGAGACUGAUGCAGAAUUUGACCUUAAAAAGAAGGAAUCGGAUGCAAUUCGCAACAUGGUUUUGAGGAAUAAGAUUUUGUCCUUGGUUUGGACUAAAUACAUGGAUUAUACUAGGGCAUCAAGUGCAUCUGGACCACAGCAAGAUGAGAAUUUCGUUUUCUUCCAGUAUCUGGACCAGCUAUCUAUACGGCAAAAUCAACAUAUACAUUCUCCAGUUGCCAGUUCAUCUCUGGCCAGCCCUCCUGCAGCUAGCCUGCAAACUUCUAUUGCUUCCUUACCCAGCCUGCAGGCGACCCCUCUUGCACCUGCAACCAAUCCAUAUUGUACAGCUCCACCUAUGCAGUUGCCUGCUCCAUUUCCGAGCAUUCCAGCAAGACCGCCCCACAUUAGUUUCCCCUCUUCCACAGGAAUCCCCGAAGGUGGAGGUGGUGCACAUGUCAACCCAGUACGCACAGGUAGAUCCACCGACGUAGUUUAUUUAUCGGACGAUGACUAACCGGUUAUAGGAUAUGUAUGCUUGGUGCUCAUGGUUAUGAAGCGGGGUGUUGUGACAUGGUAUAAGCAUAGGCAUAAGUUGUAACGCUUGACUGGCUGCUAGGAGUUUGUAGCUGUAUGCCUUCUGUUCUAAUGGUUGUAAUGUAUAAAUGUAAAUCUGUAGUUUGUACUGAAAAUUUUCCUGAACAGGCAUUUUAGAAUUGUGAUGAUAGAAAGUGUCGAGGGCUAAAUGAACUUGUUACAUUGUU